AUUUUAAUAAUAAUUAUUAUUAUUACUAUUACUUUACUACUUACAGUACUACUUCUAGUACAGUUGUAUUUCAUGAAAUGUGGAUUUUUUAAAAUGAAAAAAAUAUUGAUCUGAAAUGAAAACUUAGAUUAAUAAGAUUAAUUAAUAAAAGAUUAAUUGAUCAAGUUACUUUUCCAAUUCUGCUUGGUCAUAUCCUUAUGAAUAAAUGUUACAUAGGAUCAAUGAAUAAUUGAUUAACCUUGAAAUUAUGCCAUUAAAACUUUGAAAGGUAUACUCUAUUGACAAGGUAUAAAGUAAAACUCCACGUUCAAGCAAAUACACGAACAUAAACACACACACACAUACACACAUACAUAUUCUGGAACAAAUUAAUAUCAAUAAAAGAGAAUAAUCAUUAGUAGUUAGUACUAUACAAAUCAUGAAUGUUAACUAUAUUCCAUUUGAUAAUUCUUAAAUGAAUAGAGAAUUAACUCGUAAACGUUCCAGAUAUCAUAGUCAUAAAAUUGACAAAUUUUUAUUACAAGAAUAUGAACAUCGUAAAAAAGAAAUUCAAUUACUUUUAAUUGGUUUACCGAAUUCUGGCAAAAAUACAUUUUGUAAGCAAAUGCGUCUACAUUUCGGUGAUGGUUUCCCUGUAUCAUAUCGUAAUGAAAUGAAGCCAACAAUACUAGCCAAUACAACUGAUGCUAUUGCUAUGGUGUUAGAAUAUAUGAAAGAUGCUAAUAUUAGUUUUUCAGAUAUUUUGGCUCAUAAACUUCAAGAAUAUUUAGUGAAUAGUCGAUCAGAAAAUGGAUGGAUCACAAAAGAUUUUAUCAUAUUCGAUGAAAAAUAUACAACUAAUUCUAAUCAUAUUGAUUAUCAUAUACUUAAACGUCAAGAAUCAUCAUUUAAAACUAAAUUGAAUCAUAAUACGGAACAUUUCACUUAUCCUUAUUAUGAUGAUCCUCAUGCAAAAUAUUUUAAUCAUCAUCAUCAUCAUAAUUGUAUAACAAUUAGUUCUAGUUUACCAAGUUUUACAAUAUCAACAUCAUUAUCUCCUUCAUUUAAUGAAUCUAUUCAAUCUACUAGUCAACAAUAUUUAAGUAAUACAAAUAAUCCUUUAAAUAAAAUUCAUGAUUUCACUAUGGAAACAUAUAACUCUUGUAUACCCUCUUCAUUCAAUACUACUAGUACUACUACUACGACGACGACGCCAGCAACAACUACUAUUUGUACUAUGCACACUAGUACUACUAAUACUACUAUUAGUAGUAGUAGUACUACUACUGAUAAUAAUAAUAUUGCCAAUACUGAUAGUAUAACCGAUUCUAUUGUUGAAAAAUUUCUAUAUUAUGUUCAUGAAAAUAAUUCUAUUCCACCAUCAGUAUUAAAAAAAUUUGAAUCGAUUAUUGGUAUUAAAUCAAUCGAUAAUUGGCAAAAUAUUAUUGAAAAUAAAACAUUAUUACAUUAUUUAAUUCAUGUCUUAUUACAAAGUGGUAUUGAUAAUUGGUCAUCAUUUUUAAUGUAUCAAUCAACACCGCCACCAGCUCCAACAACACUACCUCCAAUAUCAGUUGAAGAUGAAUUUUUAGAUUAUAUUGUAACUAGUGACAGUUGUGAUACUUCAGAAGAAGGUGAUGAAGAUGAUGAUGAUGAUGAUAAUAAUGAGAGAGAUGAUAUUGAAAGUGGAUUAGUCAAUUCUUCAAAUUGUUCUUUAGCAAGAACUUUAGUUAAAAGUUCUUCUGAUAUUAUAGAUAUUGAUGAAUUUAUCAACUAUAAUGAAGAUGAUGAUGAUGAGGAUGAUGAUGAAGAAGAAGAAAAGAGAAAUAAUUUGAACGAGGAUUGGAAUCAUUUAGCUGAUUUUAAAACAGAAGAUGGUCUCGUUCAUAAAUCAAUUAGAAAAUUAUCAAUCAAUACAAAACGUAGAAAUAAAAAUCUAGAUCAUAAUAGUAAAUUAGAAAGUGGUAAUCUACCUUAUCUAAAUAGAAAUUACAUAGAAUUAAAUAGUAAUUUUAAUUUAUUAGAAUUUUCAAUUGAUCAAUUAACGAAUAUUAAUUAUUCAGAGCAUAAAAUUUCAUUAAAUUCAUUACAAAUUAUAAUGAAAAUUAUUACGGAUCAAUGUGAAUUUCGUAAUGCAUUUUUACAAUAUUAUCCAAUUCUAUCACAAAAAACUUAUGCUGGUUCAUACUUUAUUAAAUGUGUGGAUAGAAUUAUUCAAGAUGAUUAUAUACCUACAUUACAAGAUUUACUGAUUAUGAAACAAUCAUCAAAAGCUGUCAGAGAAUCCCUUAUCACUAUUGGAUCAAUAACAUUAAGAACAAUUAAUUUAGGUGAACACAGUGAACAUUUGAAUAAACAAUUUCAUUAUUUUGAAUCGGUCAAUAUGAUUUUGUUUUUUAUAUCACUUGAAGAUGUUUAUCGAUUCACAUAUGUUCAAGGGAAUAAAUUUGUUAAUCAUCAAACAUUUAAACUAUUUGAAGAUAUUGUGAAUUCACCAGAUUUAACAAAGAAAGAUAUUUUGGUUUUUUUAAAUAAAUAUGAUAUAUUAAAAUCAAUAAUUUCACAAAUCAAUAAUGAUACUACUCAAAUUACUAUCAAUAAGGAAGAUGAUAAAACAGAUUGGAAUAUAUUUAUUCAAAUGAUUAAAUCUUAUUUAAUAGAAUUACAUAAUCAUGCAAAUAUAAAAGGUUCCCAUCUAUAUUUUCAUAUUACCUGUUCAUUAGAUAUAGAUAAAAUGAAAUGGAUUAUUAAAGAUUCUAUUCGAACUAUUUUAGAAAUUAAUCGUAAACGUCAUUUAAUAUUUUAA